AUGGAGCUCUGCGACCAGCUGCCCCGGCUCGAGGCGCUGGUGCACGUGUCGACGGCGUACAGUAACGCGGAGCGGCGCCACAUCGAGGAGCGCGUGUACGAGGCGCCGGCGCAGCUGGCCGGGCUGCGCGCCAUGCUGGACGCGCUGCCGCCCUCGCUGCUCGACGACCUCACCGCCAGGUAUAUCGCACCCAAACCCAACACGUACGUGUUCUCGAAGGCGGUGGCCGAGGCGACCAUCGCGCAGCGCCCGCGCAAGCACUACGCCACCGCCAUCGUCAGACCUUCCAUAGUGGUAUCCUCCCACCGGCACCCGUACCCCGGGUGGAUCGAGAACCUGGCGGGCCCCAGCGGCGUGGUGGUGGGCUGCGGCAAGGGCCUGGUGCACGCCUUCAACCUGGACCUGGCGGCGCGCGCCGACCUCAUCCCCGUCGACAUCACCAUCGACACCAUGCUCGCGGUCGCCUGGGAGAUUGCUACCGACAAGAGCGAGGAGGUGCGGGUGUACAACUCGUGCUCUCAACAGAACCCCAUCACGUGGGGCACGUUCCGCGACCGCGUCGUGCGCAAUGCGCGCGCGCAUCCGUUCGACCAGCUCAUGUACUACCCGUUCACAUUCGGCAUCAAGAACAGGUAUGUGUACAAGUCCCUGGAGCUGGUGCUGCAGACCAUACCGCUGUACGUCGCGGACUACAUCGCGCGGCUGUGUGGGAUCAAACUACAACUGAGCCUGGUGACCGUCAGCGAGCGCCUGCAAGCAAUGAACCGCGUGCUCGCGUUCUUCGCGACGCGCGAGUGGUACUUCAGCACGCGCAACGUGCAGGCGCUGCGCCGCCGCCUCACGCGCGCCGACCAGGACCUCUACAACCUCGACGUCACCUCCGUCGAUUGGGACGAGCACGUGAGCAACUUCGUGAAGGGCACGCGCAAGUUCCUGCUGAAGGAGAAGGAUGACAACAUCCCCCGCGCCAAGAAGUUUGUCGAGAGACUGCGUCGCGUGCACCAGUUCGUGCUGCUGAUGCUGUCGGUGCUGGUGUACCGGUUCCUCAUGCUGCUGCUGCCGCGGUUCGUGUUCAGAAGCUCGCCGGUGCUGGCCGGGCUCGCCGCGCCACACUGA